CAUCUGCAUGUCAGCUUAUAAUCGGGCCCCACUGCCGAUGUUUCGACCCCUCAUGGCCAGGAAACUUCAUGAUCUCUCGACCAUCAAGCUCAACCUUUACUGAACGGAAUCCUGGCUCUGCAGACAACAUGGAAUUGAAACUACCGGACUCCAACUCGGCAUGGCUUAUUGGCCUCGUCUUCGUGAUCAUAAGCAUUGUGAAGAAGACGUGGUCUUACUGGCGCCUUCGGCAUUUCAAAGGACCGCCGGGGACAGGUCUGACCAAUUUCUUCCAUUCCAGGGAGAUGAUAUGCCCGAACCUUCAUGAAUGGUACCGAAAUGUCAGUGACAAGUACGGGCGCAUCGCUAGGGUCGCACCGAACCUUAUCAUCACUUCUUCUCCGGAGGUCUGGGCCCAAGUGAACGUAAAGGCCGGAUAUAAAAGGUCAGACUGGUAUUUCCAAGGCCUUCGCUUCGAACAUCGCCGGGACAACGUUUUCAGUCAGACCGACACCAAGAAACAUGACGAACGGAGGAAGCAGAUGGCCCCAGGAUAUUCGGGGCGUGAGAACCAUGAGAUCGAAGUCACAGUCGAUACACGAGUUCAAGAAUUCGUGCAGCUUAUCAAAACCAAGUACCUCUCCACGGAAGACCUGGUGAGACCCAUGGAAUGCGCAAAGAAGAUACGAUACUUCACAUUGGACGUCAUUAGCUCUGUGGGACUGGGCAGGCCCUUUGGUAUGCUCAUCAAUGACAAAGAUGAAAUGAACUUUAUUACAUCCGCCGAGGAAGGGAUGUACACGGCCGCCGUUUUCAUAGCCCUUGGACUAAGCUGGGUAUCUCAUAUUCCAUGGUUCGGGAGAUUUUUCGCUCCGUCUCCAAAGGAUACAGGCGGUUUUGGGAAGAUACUUGGAAUUUGCUUUGGAUGGGUCGACCAGCGAGCUACCGAUCCUACGGAUGAACGAUCAGAUAUGCUUGCAUCGUUUAUUCGCCACGGCUUAGCCGGCGACGAGUUGCGGACCGAAGCUGUGGAACAGGUUCUGGCUGGCUCUGAUACCACGUCGUCUGCCAUCAACGGAAUUUUCCUACACCUUAUGAGCAAUUCUCGGGUCAGGCAGAAACUUCAACAGGAGAUUGAUGAGGCGGUCCAGUCAGGCGAUGCCCUUUCGUCAUCCACGGGCAUCGUCCGCCUCGACCGGGCAAAGAAGCUUCCGUACCUGCAAGCCGUGAUACGGGAGGGGAUAAGAACCUGGCCGCCUGUCGUCAACCCCUUCAGCAAGGACGUUCCACCAGGAGGAGACACGGUGACAGUGGACGGAAAGUCCGUCUUCAUCCCCGGCGGUACCUGCAUUGCCUACUCAGCCGUUGCGAUGCAUCACGAUAAAGAGCUAUACGGAGAUGACGCUCAGAGUUUCCGGCCUGAACGAUGGUUUGAGAAAGAUCCUCACAAGCUGGCGGCAAUGAUCAGGACCAAUGACUUGACGUUUGGGCAUGGAAGGUGGCAUUGCUUGGGGAAGCCAGUCGCCAUGAUGGAGCUCUACAAACUCACAUUUGAGAUCUUUCGGAAUUUUGACAUAGCCUUGUUGAGGCCAGAAAGGCCAUGGAAAACAAGAUGUUACGGUCUAUUCUCAAUCUCCGACUUUUGGGUUCAAAUUACGGCAAGAUCACACCGGGGAAAUUGAGGCACUCGCUGUGGGGAGUGGGAGAUGUAGCCAAGAGGCAGACCGUAUUCAUCAUAGGGAUUGAAACGUAGCCGUUAUCAUGUUAUUUUGGCAACCUUGCCAGUCAAUAAAGGGAGAAACAUUCUGGAGCUUUGACACACGUGUUUACUCUCCUCUGACAGCUGGUAUUGAAAUCUCAAGAAUCC